AUGUCAAUUCCAGGCUUGGGCCAGAUUCCCGCGCAGGCCGCCAUCUCGACAACCCGCACAAUCGCCCUCAAAGCAGCCUGGGAAUGGCGCUUCGAAGUACCCCCCGGCCGCACCAUCAUCCUCAAAGUCGUCUCCGGCACCGCUGAAAAGGACGGUGUCGAGCUUGCCGUCCGCAAUGCCUUCUCCUUCAGCGGAAUCAAGUCCAAGAUCCUGACUUGGCACGGGUGCGAGCUCGAAGUCGAAGGACGGACCGACGACGACUUUGUAGCCGAGUAUGCCUCCCCGGCUGCGAAUCCGGCAAACGCACACGUCAAUCUUCAUGCGCGACUGAAUGAGAUGCGAAACACGGCGGCGCGAGAGCGACGAGAGGGCCCGCGCGUGCUGAUUGCUGGGCCGCCGACAACGGGGAAGACGACACUCGCUAGAACGCUGACGAGCUAUGCUACCAAGCAAGGCUAUGAGCCUAUUGUUGUGAAUGCUGACCCGAAGGAGGGUAUGCUGAGUUUGCCGGGGACGCUGAGCGCCAGCGUCUUUGCGACUGUCAUGGACCCCGAGGCUAUCGAUGGCUGGGGUAGCACUCCGACUAGUGGACCGAGUAAUGUCCCUGUGAAGCUGCCUCUGGUGUAUUACUACGGGAGAAAUUCACCGGAGGAUGAUCCCGAGUUUUACAGGGAACUGACGAGUAAGAUUGCCGGGACGGUGAGCGGGCGCCUCAGUGAGGAUGCGGGGGUCAAGAGUUCGGGCGUGAUUGUGGAUUCGAUGGGAGUGAGUGAGAAGAGUAAAAUUAGCGAGGAGUUGCUGGCGCAUAUUGUCGAUGAGUUAUCUGUUAACAUAAUCGUGGUCCUUGGCUCGAACAGAAUGACGGCUGAGCUCUCGAAACGCUUCUCCACGGAGCGGACCUCCCUUGGUGAACCAAUUCACAUUAUUGGUCUGGACCGGUCAGAGGGCGUGGUAGAGCGGGACGAGGGCUUCUUGGAGCAUUCGAGAGAGCAGGCUAUUAAAGAGUAUUUCUUUGGGGACGCAAGGAGGGCUUUGAGCCCGCAGAUUCAGCAAGUUGAUUUUGAUGCGCUUGUCAUUUACACGACGUCUGAUUACUCAGCGUACGAAAAGGCAACAAUCUCGCGAGAGGAACCUUCAGCUGUCAUGCAGCAUUGGACAUUGGCUGUUUUGCAUGCCUCGCCAAAAGAUCCCCCCGAGGUGGCGAGGGCUGCGACAGUAAUGGGAUUCGUGUAUGUUUCUGAUGUGGAUGAAGAGAGGAGGAAGAUUAAGCUGUUGGCACCGGUGGGAGGUAGACUAGGCGAUAGACCGUUGGUCUUGGGAAAGUGGCCAGAGCCGUAUAUUAACCUUUUGGGAUAG